AUGCUGGGCUGUGACCAUCGCUGCCCGCUCGGCAGCACGGUUAGCCUGCACACGCUGGCCGGCACCGGUCGGUCCCAGCGUCACGGAGGUCUCAGCCACAGUCGCAUCAGUCUCCGGAGCGAAACGACCGGCAGUAGCAGCUACGGGGGUGCUGCCGGUGCCGCAUCCAGUGGUGGCCAUCAUCACCAUCACCACCACCACCAUCAUGCGCACCAUGCGCACCGCGGCCACAGCCAUCGGCGCCAUUCGGCGUCGCAGCAGUCGCCCCGGUGUACGCACCACCGGCAGCAUCAGUCGUCCGAGCAUCAGUACCAUCACCAGGAGAACACAGGCGGUGGAGAAGAAGAGAUAGUGCGGCGAAGACAGCAAGAGGAGGAAGAGGAGGAGGAGGAGGAAGAGGUGGCCGGAACGACGGCGACCCUCUGUACCGAGGACGAGCGGCACGCCGGUGACAGCGCAUCGACGAUGUACGCAGAGAACUGUCACUGCAGCCGAGGCAAUCUCACCACGACGGAUGACGACGAUGAGAUCCAACAGUACUUCGUGGUGGAUCAGCCUCCGCCGCAGCAACAGCAGCAACAGCAGCAGUACGCAUCACAGCAGAUGUCCUCCCUCCAACGGAACCUUUCGAGACGUCCUUCCGUGUCGAGUUCGCAUCGUAGCGCACGAAGCACACCCCGAUCACGUCGCGUAACGACGCCGCUCAGUGGAGGUAGCUGUUGCUCCCAUCACUCGCAUCACUCACAGCCAGCUCCGGUAGGAUCAGCCGGUCCUUACGGUACCGUUGCACAUGGUCCCCAAUCGCCUACCGCUCUGAGUCGUCGAACGCAACCCGACAGCGGUGGUUCGAAUGCAACCAUCUCGAACUUCAACAUCAACCCGGCACGGUUCCAGUGCAGCUACUAUACGGCGGAUGAGAGUGAGAACUCUUACUGCUCGAUCAGUGGUGAAAAUAUUCGCCAGAUCCAGGCACAGACGGCCAUACAACAUCAGCUGGAUCGAGAAGAGCAGAGACAACGUUUACAGCCGCUGCCACUGUCCGGAGCAGGUGCGCCGAUUGGGGAAGCACUCAUGAAUGACAACGACAGUCAACAGGACAUUGCGAGCCUUAAUGAGUCGCUGCUCUCAACCGUUGGUUCCACGUCCAGUGAUCAACCGGGUGGUUCGACUACGACCACCACCAGUACGACCACCUCCACGACUCAGCGUCAGCUGCAGCAGGUUCACGGUACACCGAAGAGCGCCGGCAGUCAGCUCGUCCUAACGCCUUCUAAGAUCACGAUCGAGAACAUCGGACAGCUGUCGGAGAUCGGUACCGCAAACUACGAAUUCGAUGAUCUGGACAUCAACAUCCCGGAGAUCUUCCAAUCGCCCUCCAAGAUCAAGUGGAGCUUCCUGGCGAAUCUGGACGAGAGCAAAUCGAACAAAUCACGCAUCAGCUCCGUGUCUUCGCUGGUGGAUGCUGGCAGCAGUACACGAGGCCGUAGCGGUACCGAAUCCGGUGGAGCAGACGUUAGUGAGACGGCAAGCGACAAUGAGUACAGCCCGAACCGUAUCCGACGUCGACUUCCGGAACCGUUGCCGGUGGGCGAGCCGAGUCAUACGGCAGGUGCAGGCAUUCAGACAUCUUCAUCCAGCUGCAAGAUCGAGGAACUGCUCAAGAAAUCAUCACCCUCGGCAUCGGCAUCCGAUUUCAAGACGGUCUCGAUCUGGCGCGCUGAGAACGGUGAUGAAGGGAACGCGAUCAUCUUCCACCACGAGAGCGAGAUCGUGGAGAACUGCUGUACGAACCAUUUUUUAGACCACAGUAGCUACGAUGUCUGCCGGGUGGAUAACUGUGAUUAUCUGAUCAAGAGCAGCGAUACGGACAACACGGGCACGAAGCGAACCUCGUCCUGCGGGAGUCUGUGCAAGAGCGAGGAGCGAUUGAACAACACGAUCAUGCCUUCGACGACGGUCGCCGGUGUUGGUACGAAGCAGCUCGAGCUGAAGCAGCGCAACAUCUUCACCUCCACGCUGGCAGGUACGACCACCACGAGCGCCUCGAUGACCAGUGCCUGCGGUGCGACCAUACCGCUGUCUGCGACGACUACCACCGUGUACAGCAUUAUCUCGCCGGAUCUGAAGCGGUUUGAGAAGCAAACCAAUCUGAAUCGCAACUCGGUCAAUCUCAGCCAGAACCUCCCACCAUCGUCACCGUCAUCUUCGUCGACUUCGUCCAUUUUCGCCGGGAACUAUGGGUCCACGCUCUACCGUAACAUUAACCAGCAGCAGCAACAGCACCAGACGUCCGAGCACGAUAAGCUGCUGAACACCUCCACCGUGUCUCGAGGUUCCUCUCAACGGUCGCGCCUCCACACCGCACCGGCCAGUACGAUCUCACGCUCGGCUACCUCCAGCUUGCAGCGUUCCGGUCGCCAACCAUCCUGUCCACCGUCGGCCUCGGGAGGCUUCAACAACCAAUCCAACAACUAUCCCAGCAGUACGCUCGAUCGAUCCACGCUCGGCGGACGGACACUCUCCACGCUGUCGCUAGGCUUCAGUGAUACAAGGCGCGAUCCUCACACACCACAACCGGGUGAUCCAGCUGCUCCUGCGUUCAGUAUUACCGGCGUCGGUGAAACAGCAGCCGCCAGUGCGGCAACAGCAGCAGCCGCUGCCGCCACCCAGUUCUACAACAAAUCCUACCACUACAACCUAACUGCGCAGAAUCAGCUCUACUUCCAGGCGUUCUCCAAUCUAGUCCGCGAGCAGGAGCAACAGCAACAGAACUGUGAGUUCCAUCAGGCACAACCGCAGACACCGUCACCUCAGCCGCAACCGAGCUGUCCGCAGUGCUACGAGUACUACGGCUGCCAGGCACAGUACUACGCGAAUGCAACGAACGAAGCGGACAACGAGUUUGCCGAGUGCAAUGCCGGCGGUUCCGGUGGUGUCGUGUUGCGACGCGGUGGUUGGCGCCGGAAUGUAGGCACCACGCUGCGCAUAAACGGUUUGGUGCGUGUGGUGCGCACACGCGCUAGGAAGUGUGCCGAUUACAUCCGCCAGAAGGAACACCAGAGCAAUAAUCGAUUCCGACGGCGAAAAUAA